GAUGUGUCAGUUUUACGUCAGUUAGCCAUCAAUAGAGGGGGCAUGUUAACCAAUGAACUAAGAAGAUCGGCGUGGCCUAAGCAACUUGGAGUUGAUUUAGACAACAUCUCUCCUAAACCAGAUGAAGAAACUUUAAAGAACCAUAGAGAUUAUACUCAAGUUGUGAUGGAUGUAAACCGGUCUUUAAAACGAUUUCCACCAGGAAUGGAAGAUGAAGAGAGAUAUGCUCUACAAGAUGUUUUAAUAUCAGUUAUUAUGAGAGUUUUAGUCAACAAUUCACAAUUACAUUAUUAUCAGGGUUUUCACGAUAUCUGUGUAACAUUCCUAUUGGUGGUAGAGGAGGAUGUUGCCUUUGCUUUGGUUGAAAAAUUGACGCAGAAUCACUUAAGAGAUUUUAUGGACAGUGAUAUGGAACGGACCAAAAAUAUGUUAAACUAUUUAUAUCCUAUAAUCAACAAAGCUAGUCCGAAUUUAGGUGAAUUUAUGGAAAGGGCUGAACUAGGUACUAUAUUUUGUUUAAGUUGGUUAAUAACGUGGUAUGGUCACGUAUUAAAUGAUAUAAAACAUAUCGUACGAUUAUAUGAUUUCUUCAUCGCCUGUCAUCCACUCAUGCCAAUUUAUUUAGCUGCUGCAAUAGUGUUAUAUAGACAAGAUGAGAUAUUAAGUUGUGAAUGUGAGAUGUGUUUUAUUCAUAGUCUGUUGUCUCGGAUUCCUGAGAAUUUACCAUUUGAGGAACUGAUUACUCAGGCUGGGGAUCUCUUCCUGCAGUUUCCUCCCAAAGAUUUGUCUGAUGAGGCCAAACGCAUCAGGUAUGAUCAUCUUCAC